AUGAGGCUCAUCUUCAAGAAAUUCUUUAGUUAUCAGAGGGUGAUGCGAUCCGAUGACUGGGUAAUUCUAGUCUCGAUCCUGGUUGGGCUGCCAUGUACAGUCCUGAACACGGUAGGACUUACGCAUUACGGACUGGGUAAAGAUGUCUGGACGCUCAAGCCGGCCGGAAUUGCUGAAUUUGCCCGCUACUUCUUCAUCCAGCAAAUCCUAUACCUGUUCCUCAUGACGAGCAUUAAGAUCAGUUUGCUGUGCUUCUACCUCACCAUUUUUCCUGGCAAGACGACGAGACUCUUAUUAUGGAUAACCGUUGCCGUUUGUCUCUCAUUCGGAGUCUCCUUCAUCUUCAUUUCUAUAUUUCAAUGCACACCAACACGGUUUUAUUGGAUGCAGUAUAUCCAGGAGGAGGACGGGAAGUGUUUGAACAUUAACCUCCUAGGGUGGAUCAACGGAGCGAUGAGCGUCGGUAUCGAUGUCUGGAUGAUUGGUAUCCCGCUUUCUCAGAUCAAGAAGUUGGAACUUCAUUGGAAGAAGAAGAUUGGUGCGGCCAUUAUGUUUUUGACUGGGGCCUUCGUAACGAUUGUGUCCAUUCUGCGGCUGCAAUCCCUUCUAUACUUUUAUAGUUCGGCGAAUCCCACCUGGGAUCUGUGGCACACGGCAUGGUGGUCGACCAUCGAGAUCAACAUUGGCCUUAUUUGCGCCUGUCUGCCGACAAUCCGACUAAUACUCGUCCGUAUGUGGCCACGCGUAUUCGGAAGCACCAUUAAUUCAACCAUGGCGAGGUCCAGGGCAUCGAGGGGAAACAGCGUAAUGGUGCGGAGGCAGCAAGUUCGCAUCGCUAGCUUGGAGAUACAGCUAGAAGAUGCAUCGUCAAAAGGGAAAGAAGAGCACUGGGAAGCUUCUCCACAGGUUUCCGAGGAACAUUGGGACAAUGAUUUCUGCCAUGCCAAGUGA